AUCGUCAUGGAUGUGGGCACUUUGAAAUGUAGUGCUAACAACAGCCUCCUUUUCCUCCGAGACGACAGGAUGGAAUGUUCAGAAUGCCACCGCAGGAACAUUACACCGGUAGGUCAUAGCUGGGAAUUUCUUUUCCCUGAUGAAUUUUGUGUUGCUCGACAAUGAAAGAGGUCAAAAAGUCAUCAUCUCAAUAAUGAAUCGACCCUUGCAAAAGCCUGAGUCCGAGGGGCAAGCCUGAGUGGCAGUGGCUGCACGGCCAAUGAGAAAAACACGACCGUAACUCAGCGACACUCCGAUUUCGUGACUUCUUGCCUCUGACGACAUCACUAUGUUUUCUGCAGAUCCAUCAUUCCUCUACUCGUAUAUAUAUGUGAUGGUGAGAGAAGGAACAUUAUCUUUAUUUUAGGUUUCAAUUAUUGCAUACGUGGUGGAACAAGUGGAUUCUCACUAUCGUGUCAGAGGCCAUGUUUCUCCGCCGGCAAACUUCCUUUUCUCAGCUGGCAUGCUUGAUUCGUUUCUUACUGCAGAGGAGCACGCACCGACGCCUUCAAUCUGUUGCAAACGCCGCAAUACACAGUAUGGUGCAGGCUUGGUACCCCGGCCAGGACGUCAAUCCAACUGCCACAAUGUCAAAUGAGGCCGUCGUCCCUUGUAUCAUGCUCACCGGCAGCCUACCCGUGUACGAUCUCAUUCUCCCCAUACGAACACCCAAUAAGAUUUUCUUAUUUGU